AUGCUCACACCCCCAUCCGCAGCUGAUUCGUUCAGGGCUUUCUCGGGGGGAUCAGUAACUCAUGUUUCCCCACAAGCGUCUGUAAACGUGGAUAUACCAAGCGUACCUCAUACCAAUACUAUCGACUUUGGACAACCCACUGGAUCUACACAAAUUGAUAUAGGUGAAACAGCUCCCAGUUCAGGACCUGGAGCAUGGUUCCUUGAAGAUGAUUUUGAUGUUGGUGCUCUUGACUUCUCAAUAACAUCAACAAUAUCCGAAUGGGCGCAAAUCCCAAAUGUGUUUCCCGCUGCAAAUCUGUCUACGGGAGAACAUGAUGUUUUUACCCCCGUUCAAAGCUCUAUCCCAGAUAUUGAAGCUCCAAGUAUGGCUGGGGAUACAGUCAAACGAAAAUGGUUUACCCAUAUGUCACCAUCUGACGAGAACCGACCCAACCGAGAAUUUGCCCCCACGGGAACAAACUGGUCAGGACAUACGAAUGCGAAUGAAUCAUACCGAGCUGGCCUAUCUCAGAAGCUCCGUCGACCUAUGGAAGAUGAGGCAUUACCAUCCUCGGAACAACUGAACCUUUUUGCCAAAUUAUACUUCCACCGGUUUCAUCCUUUAUUGCCGGUCAUACAUGCUCCUUCUUUUCGACCAACGGCGGAAAAUUCUCUAUUAUUCCUGUCGAUUUGCUCCAUUGGAAGCUUAUUCGUCGGGUCUUCCCGCGCAGUAGCUCAAGGCUCACGCAUAUUUGAGCGACUGAACAAAGCCAUUCUGGCAUCAUGGGAAUCUUUCCUGUCAGAAAGCCGACCAGAUGCCUUGUCUAUGGUACAAGCUGCUAUCUUGGGUCAAACCUAUGCUAUUCUGGCUGGAAAGCCCAAAUACCUUGUUCUGGCAGAUGUAUUACACGGGACAGUUGCCUCAUGGGCCCGUGAAGCAAAUCGAUUAGGUGCUCUUUGCAGCCAGUCACAAGAUACGCUGAGCAGCGGAGAUAUUGAAAGAAGCUGGCAUCGAUGGAUUGAUAGUGAGCAACGCGCUAGGGUUCAAGCCGCACUGAAUAUACACGACGCCGAGCUUGCUGCUUUGUAUCACCACGAGCCAAUUCGCAAUCAUCGAUUCCGUCAGUUUCCCCGCCUAGCAUCCGAUGAGUUGUUUUCGGCACCUACAUCGUCUCAGUGGGCCGUACUUCUCCGCCAAUCUCCCCAAACCCAGAGAGAAAAUCGACCCCAAGCUCAACUUUCUCGGUCUCAGGAUCCAUUCCCAGUCACAGACUACGAUUCCAGGUUCACUGCAUAUGGAAUCCUUGAAGGAAUCAGCGCUCGCCUCAUAGAUGCAAAGCAAUCUCUAGAAUUCAACCAUCUAGUCUGCCAAGAUACCUCAAACCUCUUGAUCCAGUGGUGGGAGACAUACCAUACAACGGACCAAGAUCCAUUCUGUCUACCCGUAUUAUGGCAUUCUAUUUUCAUAUCCCUGUACGCAGACAUGGACCUCCUGGAACAAGCAGUCGGCCGCGAUGGACGAGCCCCAGCCCUGAAAGCAUCAGCGCCAGCACGCGAAUGGGCCUCUUCUCUGAAUGCAAGCCGCUGCCUCGUGCACGCAUCGCUGAUUGCUCGGUAUCUCGAGCGCAUGAGCAUAUCCGCCGAGCCAGCAAUACAUGUACCCCGUGCCCUAUUCUCGGCGGCAUUAAUAUACUUGUGUGUUGCACAGUAUGCGCCCAAACAUUUCGUUAAUGUGGGGGCAUUCACGUCCCCAGAACUCAAGUUGCUGGGUGAUGGGGCUGCGGAGGUUGCAUGCUUUCCUGGGAAUGUUCAGAGUGGCGAGCUUUCUGUGGGUACGGAUUUGGAUCAAUUGUAUGGCAUGAUUGACUUGCUACAGCGGGGUGGGCGUUGGGGGAUUUCACAGGCUUUUGCCAAUGUGCUUUCUACGGUGUUGGAUGAAGGUAAGGGUGCUUAUGGAUAA